CACUUCUCCUCCCCUCCUCCUCCGCAACCAUGGACCAGUUUACCCUCAUUGCCAUCAUUUUUGCCGUCUUUGUUGUCGUCGGCUCGUUCUUUAACGUGUUCAUCUUCAACAAGCCCACUCCGCAGAAGAAGGCGCCGGCUCCGGCUGGUGACGCUGCUACCUCGUCGGCCACUUCUGUCCGACGCUCGCCGCGCAAGCGCAACAAGUCGCCCAAGGCCCGCGCCAUGGAGGGCCUCUAAACGCUGUGAUGGGAUCACGACAUGAUGCGAUCAUGCGAUUCUGUGAUCAUGUCAUCAUGGUCCACGCGCUCUCUCUCUCUCUUGUUCUCUUCUCCUGACGUGUGCACUGGUCUCCGACGGCUUCCGUUUCCUGCCACGCCAUCGCUUCGGACAUGCGGCCGGCAUCGACGCGCAGGCCCAAACAUCACCAUAAAUUGUGCAUGCUUUAAGU